AAGUUUUCAGUCUUAAAAAAAAAAGAAUGGCUCCAUCUGUGAAUACAACGGCAACAACAAGUUAUUACACAAUUAACAUAACGGAUUACAAAACUUCGAUUGUAUACAAUUCUUCUUGGGAAACUACUACUCCAUUCAAUGACUAUCCAAAUGAAGAUUACGAUGCACCAUUUUAUUAUUUCUAUCCGACAUAUGGAGUUUAUGUGUUUCUAGUAUUCCUUUUUAUUUUUUUGUUGCCUACGGCUCUCAUUAUUAGUGCCAUGCAACGCAAAAAAGAAGCCAAUGCACGAGCUUUGGCCCUCCAAAGACAACGAGCACGUCGCCAAAUGGAAAUCAAUGUUACCAACAAUAACAAUUGCUCUGGAGGUGGAUCUGGCGUCAGCAACAUGUGUCCCGUUAUUGAUGAACCCAAUAAUAUAACCAUUCUGCCAAAAACUCUGGAUCUGCCGCCUAGCUAUGAUGAAGCAGCAUUCUAUCCAAAUAAGGAUCAAUCACUCAGUGGAGCUGCAUCCACAUUGACUAUAUUAACCAGUACCAAUAUGGAGAGCAGUAAUCCCAGUCUGGCAGCAGCUGCCGGAGUAGUGAGUCCCAACGAACCACCACCAGUCUAUGAAGUGGGAAACACAGUAACCACAACAACCAGCACGACAACAACCACCAUGCGAGUGGUUUAAACAAAAGUAUUAUACUUUGCCAUUAACAAGUUUCCAACUAAAACAAACAGCAAAUCGUAUAUGUACUUAUUACUCUUUUAUAAUAUAUGUAAAUGUACUUAUUA